AUAUUGUUUUAGAAGCAAAACCCGAAGCAUUUUUCCAAUCUAUUCUUAGACUCCCUUAGGUCAUUCAUUCAUUCCUUAUAAUAUUUAUAUAUAUUUUUUAUAUUAUUCCGAUGAUUCAGGUCUCUUCUAUUCAAUCCUAUCAUGAAUUAAAACAUCAAGUGGCCGCGUCGUCGUCGUCGUUGGGCCUCGUCGUGCAUUUCGCCGCGGAUUGGUGUACGCCCUGCGAGACGGUUCGUACCGUAUUAAACCAAUUCGACGCGGAGUAUAAUCCUAAUACUAAUAACACUGAUGAUGAUCAUAAUAAUAAUAAUAAUCGUCAAUUAACAUUUGCCGAGGUUAAUUGUGAGGUGCACGACGCGAUUUGCGAGGCGGAGGCCAUCACGUCGGUGCCUUUUAUUGCCUUUUUCCGCCCCUCCGUCGAGGAAACGGGGGACCCCAACGCGAAAUCGUCCAAAAAAACAUUGGAACGGAUCGCCGACGUGGCCGGGGCGAAAAUCGAUUCCAUCACGCGAAAUAUUCGCUCGCUUUACGGCCCCCAACGCGCGGACUUCCCCAGCCUUGACGCGUACCUUCGCGCGCUUAUCAAUCGCCCCGGGGUGGUGGCGUUUAUCACGGGAACCCCCUCCCGCCCGCAGUGUGGAUUUACCUCGCGACUUUGCGCGCUUUUCGAGGAAUUAGAUGUCGAUUAUUUAUUUCACGACAUCAUGGCGAGCGGGGAGGUCUGCGAGGGGCUUAAACAUUUCAGCCGUUGGCCCACAUUCCCCCAGGUUUACGUCAAUAGCAGCCUGAUCGGGGGCUAUGAUGUGUGCAAACAACUUCAGGAGGAGGGCGAGCUGCGGUCGACGUUAAUCCCAGAAUAA